AUGAGGUUAAAAUUGAAAUCAGAGCAGGGUGUGGCAACGAUAAAUGUGAAGUCAGAUCAACUAUUUAAUGAUUUUCUAACAGAUGUACGAUCCAAUACUCAAAUUUCCACAGAUUCUUCAAAUGUUAUCAAUUCAAUAAAAUUUGGAUUUCCUCCCAAAACUAUAGAAUUAGAUUCAUCAAGUACAACAACAAUACAAGAUAAAGGUAUAAAAGAUGGUGAUCAAUUAUUAAUACAGUUUAAAUCUAAUAAAAGAAAAAGUUCAUCAACAACUUCGCCACCUCCAACUAUAACGAAUGUGCUAUCAGCACCGAAAAGACAAGACACAAAAGACGAUAUUCCAUCAGUAUUUAUAGAAUCAUUAAAUAAAUAUCUAAUACUUCGAAAUAUCCCCGAUGAUAAUUCAUGUAUGUUUAACUCAAUUUCAUAUGCCAUAUCAGGUAAUGAUUAUUCAUUAAUAUCGCCACCAGAAGAAUUAAGAAAAGUAAUUGUGAAUUAUAUUAAAAAAGAUCCUGAGCUUUAUUCAGAUUUAGUAUUAGGUAGAUCAAGAGAUUCAUAUUGUGAAUGGAUUUUGAAAAAAGAAAGUUGGGGAGGUGGUAUAGAAUUAGGAAUUUUAUCAGAUUGGUUUGAUAUUCAAUUUACUUGUAUUGAUAUUGAACUGGGGAAUUUUGUUGAAAUUAAAAAUGAAAAAAAGAAACCUACAAAAUUUAUAAUGUUAAUUUAUAGUGGUGUUCAUUAUGAUGUGUUAGCAGUUAAUAAUGAAUUAAGUACCAAAAAUAAAGAUAAAGAUGAAUGUGUUUGGAAUAUACUGGAUUCAACACUGUCAGAUAUAAUUGAUGCAGCUAAAAAAUUAUGUAAAUUAUUACAAGAAAAAGAUUAUAGUACAAAUACCACAACUUUUAGAGUAAGAUGUAAUGAUUGUUAUCUGGUUCUAGUUGGUGAAACUGGAGUAGCAAAGCAUGCUGAACAAACAGGACAUUUAAAUUUUGGAGAAGUAAAGAAAAAGAUAUAA